GGCCACAAAUGCUCAAGUUUAUGUUGGGUUUCAAUGAAACUGAAGUCUUCUUCCCCUUUAGAAUAAAAAAAUGAGAACCGGUGUAUACUAGUCCGACCCUACCCCUCAAGUCCAUCAACGAAAACUCAUACGAAGUAAUAAUAUUCCAAAAUGUAACCCCCACGCUUCAUCCGAAUCAGUCGAUUCUCCUCAGUUCUCACUUCUUUAUUGACUUCUCCAUUUUCUGGCUUUAAUCCAUUCCUGGCACAAAGUCACAAACUUCUCCACGAAUUCACGCCCUUCAGGCCUUCUUCAGCCGCUAAAGUGUCUGAAUGAAUCAACCGUGUUGAAUCUCUUUCCGCCAAAUUAACGUGGUGAUAUAUAAGUUAUUUACACAAGGCGUACAAUAAAAACAGAGAGGAGGACAAAGUCAGAAAGGAAUGGCAGACAAACCUAGCAGAGGUCUAGUGCUGUAUGGUGAUGGACUGGCGCGAUCCGUAUUGCCAUCUCAUACCCAUCUCCAUUCUCUCGCUUCUCGGGCCUGCUCUGGCUUCUUGUCUCUCCCUGACUCGCCUCCUUCAGAAAAUGAGGAUGCAAGAAUAGUCAGAGAAUUUGCAGAGCUACUUGAUUCAAGGGAAGCUUAUAAUAAAAUGAAUGAAGAAGAUAUUUCUGAAAUGAGAUCUCAGAACACGCCUCUGACGCCGACUAUAUCUCAAAGGUUCAUGGGGAUGAAAGCAGCUAUUGUGUCUGACAAUCCAAUACUGAAGGUGUUCUGCGACCGGCUUGGCGUGACCACGUUUGGGGCAGAUGGUUUACUACACUGCAAUAGCCUGGAAGUCGGGGCAGAUGGUUUACUACACUGCAAUAGCCUGGAAGUCAAACCACUUGUAUCGGCCUUGGAAUUGCUAGGGCUUCAAAAUGGGAAGGUUUCAGAGAUGAACCGAUUUGAUUUAGUUAUUCUUCAUGUUGAAAGCGUAGAAGAUAUCAAUGGCCUGGUAGGUGAGUUGUUAACCAGGAUGGCCCAACCCGGGACUGAAGUUGGGUCCCGGUUGCACCUAUCUGUUGUAUUGAGCUUUGGGGCCGUUUCAUACAAGGAAGAUUCCAAGUUUUCUUUUUGUAACAACACUAGAAAUGAGAGUAAUUCCCAGCUUCACAUGCUUUUCCCACGCCAAAGUUAUACAAUGAAAGGUGGAAAAACGCGUGAGAAUGUUAGGCAUCAUUGUCCGAUGUUAGUUGCUCAAUGGCAAGACGGUGUAACUAGGAAGGAUGCGGUUGGAGCAUUUUCAUUUGAAGAUAUUAAAGAGGAGGGUGGAAAUCUCGUGAUUCCAGUUGACAGAUUCCUACACGAAUUGGCAUUUAAGCUUUGGAAAGCUCCAAAAUAUGGAGCGUGAAGAUCCACAGGUUUCCUUUUCCUUGGCAUACAAGGCUUGAAUAAGGAAAUACGUGAUCAUUUGGGAAAAGGGUUAAUUUGGUUUUUCAAGUACUAUACCUCUGCGUUAAAAGUUGAUGAUGUAAUAAUAAUAUCAAUCACCUUGUUUAAAUAAUUUAAAUAUGACAAUGUUUAAGCAAUAUUUCCAUUGAUACGGCCAAUGGGGAGUAUUCUGUAGUUAAAGAAGUCUUAUGCAUCAACUCUUUCUAAAUGAAAGAAAUCAAAAGACAGAAUAGUGCGAAAACUUCUAGGCUUCUAUUUAGAUGAAGCUCGAUACUGCAGAAAAUAGAUCAUUUCAUCUUCAGAACAUCAUUGCCAAGAUCAAACUCCCCUUUCUCAAUCUGAGAAAUUUCUUCCCUAAUGGAAAUAAGUGCAUCGUAAAUCCUGUUCAACUCUGCCUGCAGAAGUUAAAGACAUUAAUGACAUCAGAAACAUAACUGUAGAAAAAGAAAUCUUCUCUUCAUUACAAAUUGGGUUGCUGGGCCCAUUUUGACUAAAUUUAUGUUUUGUCUUACCUUUUAUAUGGAGUAAUAGUUAACAUAGCUUUAAUUAGAUAUUUAAAAUUACUCCAGAGGUACAUAAAGUAUAGCAAUUUGCGUCUGUGUGCGCGCACACAUAAUACCAAAUUGAUGGGCAAGACUGUACCAAAUUACAUAAUACCAAAACAAUUUGGUUAUUAAUAAUGUUUUGUUUGCAUAAGAGGAAAUAGGCGAGAUAUAAUCACCUAUUUUGUAUUAGUUGUCUUGGCGAUACAAAAUGACGAAAUGUAAGC